CAAAGCUAUACCAAUCAUCGCCACUAGGGUGAAGUCCGUCAGGAUGCCUCUGCAUCUACUAGGCAAGAAAUCAUGGAACGUCUACAACCCAGAAAACAUCGCGCGCGUCCGGCGCGACGAAGCGCAAGCCAAAGCCCGAGAAGAGGAACAAGAGCGUCUCAUGCAGGAGGUCGACGCCGAGCGACGGAUCAAGAUUCUCCGCGGUGAACGACCGCCGACCCCGCCACCUGCCCCUCGGUCGCCGUCGCCGGUCCAGGCCGACCGUAAAAGCUACGCAGAGCAUCCGAGGAAGCGGAGACGCUUGGCGGGCGAAAACGACACGGACCGUGAUAUACGGUUUGCGCGCGAAGAUGCGCAGCUGGCGCUUGCGAGGAGGACGGAGCCGGCGGGUCCGUCGCGCAAAAGCGAUGCCCCGCUUGAGGAUAGUACCGGUCAUAUCAACUUGUUUCCGUCGGAGGAGAAACGUGGGCGUGCGGAGAAGAAUCCUGAGGCUGAGAAGGAAGUGAAGGAGAAAGAGCGGAGGUUUGAGGAUCAGUAUACUAUGCGCUUUUCGAACGCGGCGGGGUUUCGUCAGUCUGUUGGGGAGAAACCGUGGUAUUCGUCUUCAGGGAAUAAUGCCGUGGCGCCAGAGUCUAUGUCUAGUAAAGAUGUAUGGGGCAAUGAAGAUGUUUUGAGGGGUGAAAGGGAAAAGGCCCGGAUGAAUUCGAAUGAUCCCCUUGCGGCUAUGAAGAAGGGUGUUCGGCAGUUGAAUCAGAGGAACGACACCGGUCUCGCCGUCGCAGAAGAUCGCAGUCGCAAGAUAGUCUUGAGGACUUCAAACUUGACGGUUCACCAGAUAGACGGGCUUCAGAAGGGAGGUCACAUCGGCACCACAGGCGACACCGUCGAGAAAGUCGGGAGAGAAAUCAUUCACGGGAUAGACAUUCUCGCCCGGAGAGGCAUUCUCGCUCGGAGAGACAUUCGCAUUCGGAGAGACAUUCGCACUCACAUCAUCGUCACCAUCAUCAUCGCCGUCACGGUCGAAGUGAUAGCAGGCCUCGUCAUGAACCCGAGCCCCAAACGAGACAUUAUCAUUCAAGCAUAA